AUGUCGUUAGAAGUGGUUAAUUUGAAAAGAAAAAAACCUAACGAACAAUUUUGCUUAUUCUGCGAUAAUUCAAGUUAUUUAGUGAAGAACCCAAGGCCAAGUACGUUGCUUCAUAUCAAAGAAGCAGCAAAUAGGAGAAAGGACAGCAUUAGUGAGAAGUUUUCAAAACUAUAUAAUCCAGACUCCACAAAACAAGAAUUUUCAUGGCAUCAAGACUGUUUAGCCACUUAUAUAAGUGAGGAGAAAAUAAGGCGUCGAGAAAUUGCGUUGCAUAAAAAAGAAGAAGAAGUGUCUGCUUCAACUUCCAAAGCAAACGUGGAGGAGCUGACUCCAAAAUCUCGUUCGUCAUCAAGGGAACCGGCAGCGUUGAAAAAAUCGUUGAAAUGCAUAUUUUGUAAGAAGGUAACAAGAAACAAAGAUAAGCAGCUACAUUUAUGUUCGGAAAUAUCAGCAGCGGAAAAAAUUUUUAGUACUGCACGUAGGAAAGAAGAUCAUGUUUUCACUGAACUGAGUACUUGUCAACGGCCUGAAGAUUUAUUUGCUAUCGGAGUGAGAUAUCACAAACAUUGUUACCUUGAUUAUUUAAGAUUACCGAGAAGUUCUAAAUUGCCACCUGGUCGACCUUCAAAUCAAAUCCCUAAAGAAAUACUUAUCGAUGCUUUUGACAAACUAAUAGAUGAAAUUAAAGACCGGUUACCAACACAUUCUUUUGAAGUGCGUUUCUUAGCUCAACGACUCGCUGAACUUACAAAUAUUGAGGGUGCAGUGAUCGAAAAUCGUGUAGUGAAAUCACUACUUAUAGAUAAAUUUGGUGAAAACAUAUUAUUUUCUUACCCUACUGAUCGAUCAAAAUCAUUAUUAGCGUUUAUGGGAAAUAUACCAUUGCCGGAAAUAAUAGAACAUGUUCGGAACAUCAAUUCAAAAAACACCAUCAUUGAGACUGCAAAAGCAUUGUGUGAAGAAUUAUUAAAAACCGAAUUAAUACCUAGUGGAUACUUACGUCAUGAAAAUUUGAUUCAAAGAUUAUUAGAAAAUGGAAAAUUGCCACAAACAUGGGAAAUUUUUCUGCAAGCUUUGUUUAAUGCAAAAAACCAAAAGUUGAGCGUGAACUAUUAUAAAAGAGCAUUAUCUGUAUUUUUUGAUAUAUAUUUUAUAGUUACUGAAAAGCAGACACCAAAACAUAUAGCUUUAGCUGAAUCAAUUCAUCACUUAACUAGAUCAAAGCAACUGAUAAGUAUAUUAAAUAAGUUUGGGCAUUGUAUUAGCUAUAAAAAAUUACAAGAGCUUGAUUCAGAAUUAACAAUUUCAAUUGCGUGUGAAGAUGCAGAAAAAAAUGUGAUUAUUCCUAAGAAUAUAGUGAAAAAUUCAUCGUUUUUCCUUCAUGGUGCCAUCGACAACAACGACUUCAAUGAAGAAACAUUAAGCGGUAAAGACUCAACCCAUGUAACAGCAACGGUAAUUUAUCAGGAAAAAAAUCCAAUCGAGAAUGAAAUAAAUCUCGUUAAAUUGAAACCUACAACUGAACAGUUUGAGUAUGAUUUGAAGUUCUUAAAUUUUCAAGAAAUUCAUCACUUCAAUGCAAGUAUGGAGCCUUUAAUAUCUGAUUAUGUUAACAGCGGCUGUCUACUAACUUCCACUAACAAUUACUCACAAUUUGAUACUUUGCUCUGGGUCUUAUGUAGAUUACAAUAUGAUAAAACAUUGAACAACUUUCAUCGACCAUUGAAGAAUUCGAUACCAGGAUGGACUCCAUUCCAAUAA